AUGGCAUCUAUCGUGCGAGCUUUCAGGACCAACAUUCGCCGAACGCGACUGUCACCCCGAGAAUACUCUACCAUAGCGCCCAUCAUCAUCCCUACAGAAACCCCGAUUGAAGAAGAAACCUUACCACAUUACAAAGCAGCACAUUACUAUUCCGUAAGAAUCGGCGAUGUGUAUCACACCCGAUACCAAGUCGUGGGAAAGCUCGGGUAUGGAGCAUAUUCCACCAGUUGGCUGUGUCGGGAUCUCAGUCCACUCGAUCAUAGAAGGCCGAAUAACUACACCGUUCUAAAAGUCUCGACCUAUUUACCAGAUCAUCCCACUGCGACAGAUCGAGAAUUGAGAGUCUACGAACACCUAGCCAACAUCAAUUCUUCGCAUCCGGGCCAGUCCUUGAUCCGCGAGCUGUAUGAUUCAUUCGAUCUCCGGGGUCCUAGAGGAACAACCCAUCGAUGCCUUCGGCUUCUUUUCGCACUUGAUUUCUUGCACGCGGAGGCGGAGGUUAUUCACACUGAUCUAAAGACCGACAAUCUAAUGCUCAGUCUAGAAGACACCUCCAUGCUAGCGGAUUUCGCAACUGCAGAAUCCACAAACCCAAGUCCUCGGAAGUCAAUUAACCACUCACAUGCUACUAUUUACUGCAGUCGAAAGUUCCGCAGGCCCACGGGAGGCCGAAACUACGGUCUCCCAGUCCUAUGCGACUUGGGUGAAGCAAGGAUUGGCAAAAUGCAGGAGUCAGGACCUUUCGUCCAACCACACAUAUAUCGAGCGCCGGAGGUGAUUUUCGAAAUGCCUUGGGGGAGCGCAAUUGAUAUUUGGAAUUUGGCAUGUCUUCAUCUGUUUGGAGAUAUCUUCGACUCCAGAGGUGGCCAUGAUCCAUUCAGACAUCUAGCGCGUAUGGUAGCUUUGGUUGGACCGCCACCGAGCGAAUUCGUGCGACGUAGUGAGACGACGGAGCAGUGUUUUGACUUGAGUGGUAACUGGAUCGCUCAUCAGGAAGCGUCUGUACCCUCUGUUUCGCUUAAGGUCUUGGAAAAGCGGCUGAGUGGCCCGGAGAAAGAGUUGUUUUUAGAAUUCAUGCGGUCGAUGUUGAAAUGGAUGCCGGAGGAACGCAGGACAGCUAAACAGCUGCUUGAAUAUCCGUUCUUGGUCUAA